AUGUCAUCAGGCGGGCCAAGUAUCGCCGGUGACGAAUACUUGCAGGUAGUUCCGGUGGCAGCUCUCCCUCCUCGUCCUCCGGCGGCUACAUCGACCGUGAUUGUCGAGUAUACGCCUUCGGCCCCAAAUCUCGAGGAGGAGGACCUAGAGGUCAAGCUUCGUCGCAUUCUUGAAUGCGUCCCCGUCCGUGUCAACAACACUUUCGGUAGCUCCGCCGGUUCCGGCUCUGCCGACUUUCAUCAAGUAUUAUAUCAGGAUUACGUUUAUAUGUUUGGAAACCCACAAGAGAGCUUCUUCUUCAAGUUUUGGAGGGUUCCGAGGGAUAGUGAGGUAGCCUCGUGCCAAAACAAAUUGUAUCGGCAAAUGAGAAGGAAAGAGCAAGACCGGCUUGCAAGGAUGGAUAUUGACUACCUGAAAAGGAAAGAACUCGCAGAAUUUAGCUUGAGAAGGGAGGAGAGAUUAAGAGAUGCGGAAGAGCAAACAGCAAAAAAGCGUUUGUCAAACAAAAAAACAAAGAAAGAAAGUGAAGAAGAGCAAAUUGAAUGCUGGCCCAGAGUUCAUGCUUGGGUUUACAAGAAAAUCUUCAGGCAAUUUGAUCUUGAUGCAGAUAGGACCUCUUUUCGUGAAGAAAAGCGCUCGAUGAUUCCGGGAGAAUGA